AUCCGUGCGUGAACACUCAGUUGGGUGGAUAUGACACCGUAGUUCUAUGAUUGCGUUCCUAAAUUCUCUUCCUUAUUGUCGUAGUCAGCUAACCCUUUUUUCUUGAUUAUUCCAACUCAUUUCGCCUUUUGCCUCUCGAUAUCGUUGUUCGCUUCUGGGCUAACAAACGAUGCACGGAAGCUGUUCGCUCUAAGUUCGAAGAAGCAGAACGCUUUCAAAUGGUAAGGCUUUAGCGAACGACAAUAAAAUGAAGCAAAGCCUUGAUGCCCAUGUUUGUGAGAGACAAAGAUGGCUAGCAACUCCUUCAUCACUACAGGAACUUUUGAUGAAGAUCCCUCAUAGACUUCACAAUUGUUUGCAGUCAGGAUUGAAGAAACAUAAGCAGAAGCUUGAUAAUACAAAUUUUUUGGCUAUAGGAGAGAAGGAUUCGUGUAAGACAUGGAAGGUUGAUUUGGAGAGGCAGAUGCAAGCAUGGAGAGAAAACUCUUACUGGCUUGAUCAUCCUCCGGAACUUAAGGUUAGUGUACCGGAAGGCUCUCUUUGCAACUUAAAUGUCAAAUGCAAUGUUGGGUUGCCUCCAGAUGCAGUUUUUAACAUUGUCAUUGAUCCUGAAAACAAAAGAGUUUUUAAGAACAUCAAGGAAGUGAUAUCCAGAAGGGUUUUGGUUGACGAAGGUCCAAGGCAGGUGGUGGAGGUGGAGCAGGCAGUAAUUUGGAGAUUCCUCUGGUGGUCUGGAACUAUGUCCAUUCAAGUCUUGGUGGAUCAGAACCGGAUGGAUCAUACUAUCAAAUUCAAGCAAGGUAAAUCAGGAUUUAUGAAACGAUUUGAAGGCACUUGGAAAGUAGAGCCAUUGUUUCUUGAUAAGGAGCUCUGUUCUCCUUGUGAACCAAAAUCUUGGCUUGAAUAUGACACCUGCAGUGGAGGCAAAGGGAGAGUUGGAUCUAUAGUCAGCUUGGACCAGCUGAUCCAACCAGCACUUGUUCCACCACCUCCCAUAUCAUGGUAUUUGAGAGGAGUCACAGAACGAACAACAGAAAUGCUGAUAUAUGACCUUUUCGCGGAGGCUCGCAGAUUAAGGGGAGCGGCAGCCAUGAAUUCAACUCCAAAGCAUGGACUCGAAGCGGCUCAUGAUCAGCAAAGAGGAGUUGCAGUAAAUCGUUCUACUGAAAUCCAAGAAAGAUGGCGAAUGCAAAGAGUAGCUGCUGAAGCUGAUAAGAUAAUAGGAUUUGCAGUAAAUGGUUCUACUGACAUCAAAGAGAGAUGGCGACACAGAAGAAGUAAGCGUAAACAGAGUAGCUACAAAGCUUUAUUUGCUGAUGCUUGCUAGAAUUCUGAGAUUAGAAGAUCAAUGUUGGUAUCAAUCCUGAGAUUCUAUACGGGAUUAGCUUAGCUAUAUCAUCUAGACCUGUAAACUCUCAUUGGUUAUCCAAUUGUUUGUUAAGAUUGGUGCCAAAAAUCAUGGCUUCUCCUCGCUUCAGUUAUGAAUUGUAAUGAUAGUGUUCUAAAGAAAUAAAUGUAUAAUUAUAUUAACUAGUUUUUUUUUUAAUCUCCCAUAUAUUUAUUCUGUUGCA